AUGCCAGACUGAAGCUGUAUAUACAGAGAUCUCUGAGUCUGGGACCGGCAGUUGCUCCAUGGACCAUCUCGGUUUGUUACUUUGUAAUUAAGUCUGUACUGAACUCACAAGCUCCGGUGUCUGAGAUAUUAUUGAACCAAUAUUUAUUCGACACAACGCGUCCAUGCACGAUGAUGUAUACAGAAAUGGUUUCAUUCUGAAAUACCACUAGGCAGUAGGCGAAUCUGAGGAGACAAGGAGAAUGCAGACCUGUACCUGGACCCAAAGUGGACUGAAUCGAUCCGUCGCUGGACAAUCCUCAAGUCCCCAAGUUACCAGUGGUCAGAUGAGUGAGAUUCCAAGCAGCUAUUCUCGUCAAUAUGGGCCAGUCAGACCAGCUGUCCUGUAUAUAGAAGGUGGUCAAUGCCUACCACACAGCGGACAAGUAACCAGUGGAGGUUACUGGAGUGGACCGACCCUGAAUCAACAGGCUUCAAUGGUUUACAUAAACUCAUCUCAGCAUUCACCCACCAGAGAGCAAGUUCUAAUGGGUACUAGUCCCCUUUUGACAUCACUCUGGACUAACAAUGCAGCGGCUGCUCAAUCAACUGGUGUUACAUCACAAAGUGGAAACAAUCACACCUUGCCCGGAAGGGUUAACAGUGCAGCUCAACCCACUUUCCAGCAGGGACAGGGGUUUUUGGGUGUUAAAAAUAACAAUCCACAGAGGCUCGUAAAGGAUGGUCAGGGUGCAACCAUUCACUGCCCCCCUCAUAUUAAUGCACCACUGAAUACAAAUGUUAUGUAUCAUCUAAGCCCAGUGAGUGGCAGUCAGCAGCUUGUACUUGGCAGACAAGAGGGGGCCUCCAGUGGUACCUCUGCUUCUCUUGCAAUGGGUAGGAGCCCCAACCAUGUAAAUCCUAAAUUGACUGUAGUGAGUGGGCAGGAUUCAAGAAGGAUAGCAGUUCAAGCUCCUCAUCAGGGAAACCCACAAACACCAAACUCUUUGAAAAGUGCACAGGAGACAACAUAUAACCAACUGUUGUAUUUACUUCAAAAUCAGAACAAUGACAGCAGGACUGAGAUGAACAGGGUUCAACAUGGAGCACCUGUCCACACUGGCUCAUCAAAACACAGUCAAAUGUAUCCCUCUCAACUUCUCACUGGCAGCAACAACCAGGUCAAUGUACCAAAUGCUGCAGUGGGGCAGUCAAUGCCAAUGCAUAAUAUUAGCCAGAAUCCUCAGUACAAUGUUAUGUAUAACCCUCCUUAUAAUAAUUCUCCAAGACAUGUCCCCAACUGCCCUAAAAGCCUUCCCAUUCCACCACAACAGAACAGACUCCCAUCUUAUUGUGCAAAUAAUAACAGUCAGGCAGGGCCCAUUGGAAGUAAUGCACACCAUGCCUCUCAUCCUAGGUUCCAUAUCCAAGGCACAGGCCCUACCCUACAUUACAAACCAGACUGCACCAAUGUUCUGGUAUCCAACACUGGACCAUCUUCAUCUGUGCCAAACUAUAGUAUACAGUCCUCAGUCCAGCACAACCGUGAGAGCGCGCCUCCACCAUACCCAGUCCAGCACAAGCGUAAGUCCGCGCCUCCACCAUACCCAGGCCAGCACUCCCAUGGACCCGUGCUGAACAAGACAGAACGUGUGGUUGUGGAAGGAGCGCAUUUUCUGCAACACAUGCCUAACCAAGGCGCAGCCCCUACCCUACAUUACAAGCCAAAAAACAAUUCUGUUCAGUUAUCUAACACUGGACCAUCUUCAUCUGUGCCAAACCAUGGUAUGCUGUCUUCAGGCCAGCGAAACUGUGAGUCUGUGACUCUGUCACACCCCAUAAGACAGGGCUAUUACAUAACAGUAACAGAGGACGAAAGUGGAAAUGGAUUUAGAACAGAAAAUUGUAUUUUCAUAGGAGAUAAACAUAAUGAAAGUGCUCUGGUCCCGCAAGGAUCAUCUGCAAGUAAUGCCCCCUCUGUUCUUAUGGCACAGAAGGCCGUUGCAGUUGUACAACCACUAUUGCAGUGUAUGCAGACAAACACGCCUCUAAAUGUGGCUGAUAAAAUCUCCUUGACCACCCAAGCUAUGUCUUUCUUAACAGGUGUCGAAAAUGUGAGCAACCCUGGGGAACAAUCUUGUGUCCAAUGUCCAUCACGAGCCCAAACAACCCUUACUCUAUCUGCUUCUUUGACAAAUGAAUCUGAACAAGAGGUCCCCAGGAUCAGACUAGAAUCAGGGGCUGAUAAAACAUUGACUCAGGGUUCAGAAACUUCUGAUGUUGAAAUGACCGAUACAUAUUCAUGUUUUAAGUCUCAACGGUCAUUAUCAAACGGGUUACGUGCAGAGAAAUCUGAUUCUCAACAAUUAUCUAAUGUGGAAUGUCAAGCCACUCAGAGAAAAGAGUUAGCUGACACAGAAAUGACCACUCAUGUGCAUGUUAACCAAUUGAGUGAGGAAACGAAUGAAAAAGUCGAUUCCGAUGAGGACAUUUUUGAAUUGUCCUCCAUUCCUGUAAUCAAGUGGACCCUUGGUAAAUUGAAGGAGUUGGUAGAUACUGUGCAAAGUCAAAAAUGCACUGCCACACCAGUUGAAAGCAAAAUAUUAAGCCUCUAUUGGGAUGGAGAUGGGCCAAAGCUUAUGGAUGCUGCAAGAUCUGGUAUGUUACAAAAUAUAAUGCAAGAGGUUAGAUCUGUGUGUGGCGACGAUGACGAUAUGUCAUCACAGUCUGUCAUAUUUUCACAAGCCAGGCGCAAAAACUGGGGUCAAGUUGAAGAGAAAUGUGCCAUUCUUAAACAUGAUUCUGUUCACCCCGAGUUCCCGGCGCAAGAGUCAUCAUGGUUGAACACAAAUAAGCAGCUUGAUGACAUAGACAAGGAGUUUGGAUUCCCAUGGUCACUAAGAUAUGACCAAAAGACUCUUCAAAGAGGAGAUGAACAACCAAAACUGAUUUUACCCGAAAAUGAAAAAUCUGCAGACUCUGCCAAUGAAAUGCAGACUGAGGUGACUCAGGCGAAGAGACCAACACCCUCUGAUUCUGAUGYUAAAGAAAUUCAAGGGUCAGGUUUGGCACACAGUUCCACCCAGACCCUCUCACUGGUUAAGAGAGAAAAAGCAGGUAUMAUUUUUAGUGACCCAUUUUCUUCCCUGGAGAUCAACGUGCUGACACCAGAAGAAGCUUUGCAGUUUUUCAGUGGGCAGCUACUACAAGAUGAAGUGAAYGAAGACCUGUUGGAAUUGCCAAUGGAAAUGGAUGCGGAGCAGAUUGAGUUGAAAGAUUACUCAGUGGAGGAUAAAUCAUCUGAGAGGGUAGAUGUGAAGUUGACUGAUUUAAAACUCGAAAACAAAGGGGAUGUCCAAUCAGAAGAUUACUGUUGCCUCUCUCGUUGGAUGGCAGUGUUCAGUGGGUCCACCAAUUCUUCGUCCUGCAAAUGCCAAUACAAGACUAAAUUGGGUUCAGCAAAGGCCACUGUGAAUGCGACGGCGUUGGUUGAGGUAACAUUGUCUGUUGAACCCAGCACAACAAAAGCAGAACAAAGGAAAUGCGURUAUUUGUGUAAAUCAAAUGGCACAGCAGAAGAAAAGAGUGAAGAGAAUCCUGUAAAAUAUGUGAAUCCUCAAUCUUGGAAAUCUACAGGCAUUGAAGAAUGCCAAACAAUUGUCUUGUCUGAUAGCAAAUCUGAGACUGCUCGCAUAUACACACAUGGGGUGAAGAGCUUGCCUUUGUCAAAAGCCCCAGCACUGCAACUCCCCAUCAACCACACAAAUUUUGUUGAAAUUGAAGAGGUCUUCUCGCGUUAUGAAGACUUAAUCAAAGUAGCCACCCCAAUAUCGGAGCUAGUUUGGGACAAUGUACAGCCAAAGCAGAAACUACCAGGUCCGUUCCAGAAACAUAUGGAAUGUGUACAAGAACUUGGUGUCAUUUUGGAAGAAGGAAACUCUAGAGGUGGUGAAGUCGUUCCUACAGUUCCCAUUCCUACUUCUAAUCUGCAACCCCAACCAACAGACAAAAUCGGUUUCCUGACAUCACUUUCCUUGGCACAAAGAUGUCACAAACAUCUCUCUCCUAAAACAAAUCGUAGCUACAAGGUUAAACAAAAAGUGGUUGGACUCCAGAGAAGAUGUGUUGAAAGUCCUCAUUCAAAUUUGCCUGUCCCAAGAAAGCAAAGGAAAAUGAGGGAUGGAUUAGGUCCCUCCUUUCAACUUGUUCCUGAGGUCAACUUGACUGAUGAUGAUGAUGAUGAUUUUGAGCCCCCCAGUACAACUACUUCUAAAUCUUUGGAAGAAGAGAAACAUUCAAAAGGUAGCAAUCUCCAGAAGCCAACAGAACAUGGAAUUGGGAACAACAUUUGGAGGGAUGGCACAGUAAGUCUAGCCUUGUUUGGUUCCGCGCUCCAGAGGAAAAAUGGGACUUCAGCAACUAACCAACGCAAGGACCAUAAUACUUCUCGAGCCAGACCUUUUGCAGACAAUUCUCCAGCACCUCCUAUAACCCUCAGUGUGAUUGUCAACUCCUGGACAACAGAGCCCUCGGAGACCAGUCCUCCAGUGGAAAGCCCAAACAAACAAUGGAUCUUAAACGAGUGGAAUAAUAGUUUUAUCCCGACAAAGACAAAGUCCAGGGGCAAAGUGCCAAGACUACAAAACAGAAGAGGCUUUGCGCCAAAGAUUAUUUGUGCUGAAAUGGCCAAAAAGAUUGUUGCCCUCACCAACACAGAUAGAGGUGCAUUAUCCUCUGAAAGGCGAGCCACACCAGAAAGAACUGUAAAGGCCAAGCAGACUUUGCGGCGCAUUGAAAAAGAGAGAAUCUUAAGCGGCCUGAAACUCGGAUUGAAGAAAUCUAGGAUUGAGGCAGUGCCAUCCGGUAUCCCUGAUAUAGUGGAAAAAGGUAAAUCUGAGAUCGGAAACCCUGCUCCUUUGCCUCAUGAGAACAGUCUUGUGUUUAGUGUGUUGCCGGAGUCGUUCAACUUCAAAGAAAUCAUGGACCCUCCGACACAGACAGGUUCAAUGAAUGACAUGGCUGGUACGGUUGCUGCGAAGGCUGAGAGUCCUAAGAUAAUAGUCCAAAAAUCCCUUGAGAGUCCUAAGACGAUAGUCCAAAAAUCCCAAGGUGUAUGGUCUGUUGACAUUCAGAAGAUAUAUUGUCCUCUCACCUCUUUGACCACUAAAGUUCCCAAGUCUUCCUCCACCGCCUUCCAGAAGUUUCAGAAGAAAUUCAAGCAGAAGAAGUAGGCCUGGCAGCGAACCCACGACAAAUUGUAUUGCUUCCAGUUAUGGACUGGGGGAGUGGAGUGAGGACUGUCGCAUGACAAUCUGAUUCUUGUAACUUGUUUCCCAUGGAAAUAUAUGUACAAUUUUUGUUUUUAAUGACAAAUGUUCAUAACCAAUGUAUAUUCUUUGGGAAUGCAGAAAUUGACCUCAUUGUGGUAAGGUUGGGCAGCUCAUAAUACAGUUAUUAUUUACUGUAGUUAGCGUUUACAUUCUUAAGUGACUGAGAAUUUAUCUGACAGUGUCCUCUCUACCUCAGGCCUGACAGGUGUUGGUUCCACUUUUCUUGGCUCCGUUAUUUACUUAACAAAUAAGGAACACUCAAUGUGCACUUAUAAAUCAGAACAAUUUUAAUCAAAAUACAGCUGUAGACAGAAGUCAAAGAUCAAACAACCCACAUACAACUGAUGAAAUUAACAUGAGUUCUGCCAAAUAGGAAAAGUCCAAGUUGCUUUUAAUAUGCUUGCAGUCAACUCCUAGUGUUGUAAAUGCCUACGUCAUUACCUUCUACUCAUGAGACCAAGCCCAUGCAUACACAGCUAUACAAACAAUAGUUCCAGUGUUAUCUAA